AUGGGAGCCGAUCAGACCUUCGGGGUUUUCAAAGAGCCAGCCGUGGCUUCCCCGGCACUGGGCACGUCGGCGGCCUCAGGGAUCUUCACCAACACUCAAAAUGGAGGCCGCUCUUUCUUCCACAACCGUGAUUGGUCGUCCCUCCCUGAUUCAAGUAUGUUCCUCACGACUAUUACGUAAUGAUGACAUUUGAAUAUUUUGUUUUAAUUGAAUCACUGGUCUUUGAAGUAGUGUCAAGACUUUUAGUGUGCUUUCAUUCCCAUUAACUUUCGAUUUUAGAUCUAGAAACAAUACAAAAUACCGUUCCCUGUGCUGAGACGACAUCUGGCUCUACACAGAACCCGGAAAGCAGUGAUUGGCUGGACAUGCCCGAUCAGUUGUUGUCCAAUCUAAGUGUAUUUCAUGUGCCAGAUAAACCACCGCAGCUGCAGAGCUCAUCUACCUUUAGAGAAUUCACCUCGCUGCCACUAAAUUUAACCAUGCGAACCACUGGAAUAGACAAAGUAAGCAAAUUUGAAUCCAAUAAAGUUGCGCUGUAUGACGUAACGUCGUUGUUUUUUCUCUUAUUCUUGUAAUUUCUCAGGUUAAGGGAGUAUGGAGUACUGACUUUAUCCCACGUGGAGCAAGAUUCGGCCCUCUUCAAGGCGAGAUUUGUGUUCUGAAUCCAUCUGAGAGUACCGUAAUGCCCGCAGAAGCCUCGACUCCACAGAAUCCGCCUUCCUUUAAUCACUCUGGACUAAAUGGACAAUGUAUUGAAAGCAUCUUGUCUCCCCCCACUAAAUGGAAAAUAUUCUCGGCCAGUGGGGCUCAGGUAGUCAAAUUGAUUAACACCUCGAACACACAACGGUCCAAUUGGAUGAAGAAUGUAAAUCUGGCCCGGUCAAGAGCGGCCCAGAACCUGGUUGCGUGCCAAGUAAGGAAAAGUCCUUUUUUAUUAUUUAUUAUUUUAUUUUGGUAUGUUUUAUUAUUUUUUUUUCAGGUGGAUGAUCAUAUUUAUUUUUACUCCGUCAGAUCCAUUCCCCCAAACACCGAACUCCUUUUUUGGUACGGAAAUGAUUAUUCACAGAGGAUUCAGGUCCCUGCCAAUUGCGAAUUCUUUAAACAUUCCGUUAGAACGCCGCUCUCAACGUCCGAGCCAGCUAUGCCAGAUUCGGCCAAUGCUGAGAAGCCAAUUCCUUCUUGUAACGCCUCAAAGCCUUUAAAAACGGAAAUCCCGGGAUUGUCCCCGACCGCCUUCUCAGAGAGUGAACUAUUGAGACUACACGAUCACGAUUCGUAUGCGUCGUCGCAUUCCUCGACAGCAUCGGCGAGUUCGUCUCCGACCAGUUCCCGGAAACAACCGUCGGAGCAUAGCGGCGAGUCUGUUGGCCAUCCCCCGUCACCUCAGAUGGGGAUACGGGCCAAUGUCAUCCAGCCACCGCUUCAUCGGCCUGUACCUCUCAAGCAAAACCUCCCCAUGUCUUCCUCAACUUCUUCAUUCGAAGGUCCGGGAACCUCCUUAUUCAGAUCAGGCCCUCAAUUCUCACAUUUAAGUAACUUAUUGCAAGAUUAUUGGACCCGGAUGGCUGGCUUUGCUCCAGUCACCAAUCCAUCCAACCCAUCUCAACCUCAAGGAGGGCUCUGGAUUCCUCAGCCAGCCCCCCAGUUGGGAUCAUUGCCUGAACCCCUUCGAUUGCCUCCGGCCAUUGGAGGACGGGCAGCGGCCGAACAGCAUCUGAUCCCAUCUUUUGGCUCCACUGCUUUGCAAAUGCCGGCGACCGGAGGUGUUCCCGACUACACUUCAUUGUAUGCUAUGGCUGCGGCGGUGGCAAAUAAUCCCCAAAGUCAUAAUGAUCUGGCAACUCAUCUACUGGCUAGCCAACCGGCUUCUUCUGAUUUCUGCCUUCCGUCGUAUCACAGUUUUAACACCAGCAUUGAGCCAUCUAACUCUGUGAUGUUUGAUAUAAAGCCUAUGGAGUCCGCUACUCAGCCAUGUGAAACACCUAAGGUAAUAUACGAAAUUCAGCGGAAACUUUUGCAACCUUUCAUUUCGAGCAGAUCGAAUAUUUACAAAAUUGCCUAACUAGCUAGCGGAUGACUUGGAAUGGCUACCAAAUUAAACCAAAAAAAGUUGGAUUUGAUUAACCAAGGUGUUGGAACGGCUGUGAAACCUCAAAGAUGACUUGCCAAAAGUAAGGGCUGUAAAAUUUCAUAAAGGGCUUGCUAAAAAGUUAAAAGUUGGCUAACCAUUUAUGGGAUAUGACUGCUGUUUCAAAAUUUUGACAGCCGUUUCAACCUAGCCACUUUUCGAGGUUCGACAGCCAUCCCAACAUUUUGGCUUCAAUCUUGUUUUACUACCCAUUUGUGAAAUUUGGCUGCCAUGCCAACUCAUCGGCUGGAUAAUCGGGCAAUUUUACAAAGAAUAUUCGAUGCACCAAAUGAAGAGUAGCCGAAGGUUUAAAACAAUGAAUGGGUCUCUUUCAGUUUUCUCAAUCUCAAAUCAACGGUCGGACAAGAUACGAAUGCUCCGAAUGUUCCAAGGCGUUCGGCCAGUUAUCAAAUCUCAAAGUUCAUCUCCGAACUCACACUGGUGAGAAGCCGUACAAGUGUAAAAAAUGUAAUAAAGGAUUCGCUCAGUUAGCUCAUCUACAGAAGCAUGAUCUUGUCCAUACAGGUAAGAAGUCGACUCUUGGCGCACUUUAUUGACUGAAUGAUGAUGAUAUUUUUUACUCAAAAAAAUUUAGGCGAGAAGCCACAUCAAUGUGAUGACUGUGGGAAACGCUUCAGUUCAACGUCCAAUCUUAAAACACACCGAAGACUUCAUUCGGGCCAGCGACCGUUCUCCUGCGAGCUCUGCAAGAUCUCAUUCACCCAGCUAGUCCACCUGAAGCUCCAUAAAAGGACCCAUACGAAUGAACGGCCAUUUAUUUGUUCGAGCUGUUCCCGAACAUAUAUUAGUCCCAGCGGCCUCAGAACUCAUUGGAAAAAUACUUCUUGUAGGCCUGCCGCGGGAGAAUUGGGUGAUUUGGAAGCUUAUGCGGCGUCUGUGGAACAACAAAUCGGGGAGCAAACUUGCUGA